UUCACGCCGCCGGGGGACCUCGAGGCCGCGGCGCCCUCGCUGGUGGCGCCCCGGCAGACGCUGCGGCCCCUGACCGUGCGCAACCCCACCCGCGCGGGGCGCCUGAAGGAGUACUUCGUCUUCCGGCCAGGAACCAUUGAACAGGCCGUCAAUGAGAUCCGGCUGGUUGUGAUGCCCGCGGAGGACGGAGAAGUCCAAAGCGUGUGGUUGCUCACCGAAAUCGACCACUGGAACAACGAAAAGGAACGCCUGGUUCUGAUUACCGACCGCUCUCUUCUGAUCUGUAAAUACGACUUUAUCAGCCUGCAGUGCCUGCAAGUCACCAGAAUAUCCCUCAACGCUGUCGAUACCAUUUCAGUGGGCCAGUUUGAAUUCCCUCCCAAGUCACUCAACAAGCGAGACGGCGUCGGCAUCCGAAUCCAGUGGGACAAACAAAGCCGGGCCUCGUUCAUCAAUAGAUGGAACCCCUGGUCCAGCAACGUGCCAUAUGCUACCUUUACCGAACACCCCAUGGCCGACGCCGACGAGAAGAUUGCAUCUCUUUGCCAGUUGGAGAACUUCAAAAUCCAGCUGGUUCAGGCUGUCAAGAAAGCCCACAAGGAGUGUCCUCUGCCAGGACGGGCCAACGGCGUCCUGCUCCUGGAGCGACCGCUUCUCAUAGAAACCUACGUCGGGCUGAUGUCUUUCAUCAACAAUGAAGCCAAACUGGGUUAUUCGAUGACGAGAGGGAAGAUUGGAUUCUAAAAAGCAAGGUGAGGUCACCACUGCCCCCCUGGAAGAGGAGAGUAGAACAAAGCCCGUCGAUUUUUCCCCCCAGCUCAUCAUAAAAUCCAUCGGACGGAUCAACGCGAGAGACGGCCGUAUGGAGCAGUUACCAUUUUUCAGUCUGCGUGGCUCCUCUGCUCUAACUACAGUCUUUUUCCUCUCCUGUAGUGUAUCUCAGAUAAUUGUACGUUUUAACGCAUGCUCUGGGUUUCUCCCCCCUCCCUAUGUAAACAUUAGCCUGGGUUUCCUUCUAGCGGGAUCACUGCUUAUUUCACAGAAUUUAUAGGGAUCGCUUGACAGUCUGGCGGCUUGUAAGUCUCCACGUGGCCACUGAAUUACUUCUCGUCUCUGGCAAGCCCGCCUGAUGCGUAAGCUGGGCUGGAGCUGUUGUGUCUGUGUUUAGAGACCGCGUGUGCAGUUGAAAUGAAGACCUGUCACGCAAGGGACGGCUUCUCCCGAGCGUGCCGCUGUGACAUUUCACACAACAGUUUCUUAGGAAUUUUGCGUCGUGCAGAAUCACGUUUUUGUAUUGAUAGGGGAAAAGGGAAUUUUUGAUCUGCUUUAAAGAUGCCUUUUCAGUCUAAAAGCAGGGUACUAAAACUACCAAAGCAUGUGUAUAAAAGCAAGGCAAGAGAAACGAGAAUUUCCUCAUGGUUAAAACUGUCCAACCUUCUCUCUCGAUUAAAGCCACCCGGUGCUGUUGUGUGAAUCCCAGAGCUUGGAAGCCAAAAGGGAAUGUUAAAUUUGUAGAUCCUGGUUCAUCCAGGCCAAAACUCAGGAGGCCCUUCCAGACAGAGUUGUAUUGGAGGAAAAGGCCUACUGCCACACGGGGAACAGUCGCUUUACAAGCAUGAACUUUGUUCUGGGUUCCAGUGACUGCUUUUCAGUUUAAUUUCUGCAUUCCUUCAACUGUCCGUAACUGAAAGUUUGACACUCUGCUCCCCAAGCACCGAUCAUCCAAUAUCUCUUAGUAAUUCGCUGAACGGGGGGUCUUUCGGCAGUGUUCACAGCAGAUGGAAGGCUGCUGGGAUGAGACCAGAUGUACGUCCUUGUUUGCGUUUUAAGCUGUGUAUACUGAAGCUUAAUAAAACUGAACUCAAUAUGAACCGCA